AUGCAGAGCCAGCAUGUGUGUGGCGGGUGUAGGAGCAUUCUUCUUUAUCCUAGAGGAGCAGCAAAUAUAAUCUGUACUCGAUGCAAUAUAGUCACUUCCUUCGCUCCUCCUGGGAUGGAAAUGUUUCAAAUUAUAUGUGGAGUAUGUAGGGCACUGCUGUCGUAUGCUAGGGGGGAUACAAUUGUGAGAUGCUUAUACUGUCACGCCAUGAACCUUGCACCAGGUAAAACAAAAGCUUCCAAUCAGGUUGCUCACGUCAAUUGUCGCAACUGUCGGAUGACACUUAUGUAUCCAUAUGGAGCCCCAUCUGUGAAAUGUGCAGUCUGUCAAUACGUUACAUUUUUUGAUUGUUUUGAACAAGUUCUAGACAAAAAUACUAAGGGUUUUCUCUUAUUGAUGAUGAACAUGCGCUCAAAAUAUUCUGUGUCACUUAUGGGGGUGGAUGAGCCGAUGAUUAUGCUCAUCCGCUACUUCCUUUUUCUUCUAGUUGGAGCAUUUUUUUAUGAUAAUUUUGGAGAUGGAGAUGCAAUCUCAUCUUUCAUAGACUGUAGGGGCAAUGCAAGGAUUCCACUUCUGGCAAAUAGACCUAAUGUCGCAGUUGACUCCAAUGCAAUACCCCAUGCUUCAACAGUAACCACUCAAUCUCAGAGCCAAACUGUCGUCGUUGAGAAUCCCACGUCUGUCGAUGAGAGUGGCAGAUUGGUGAGCAACGUUGUCGUUGGCGUAGCAACAGAGAAUAAACAACGAGAUUCGAGAUAA